UCAUUUCGAUUCCUAUUUUUCAAUAGGCAACUCGCCUUUCGUAAUUGCUCACCGAAAAUCAAAAUAUUGCACCAAUGCCCAUGCUAUACUUAAAGCUGAGACAGUUAACCAGUCAACGAAGGAAACUGUUUUUCUACGAGGGGGGCAAAUAUCACGAAGAAACGAUGAAGUCUACUUCGAUCCUUGUCUUGUCCUUCCUUGUUGUCGCUGUAUUGGUUGCUUCGACCUUUGCUCAGAGAAGACACCGGCAUAGAUUGUGCGGUGAUCAACUCAAUCGAAUGCACAAGUUGAUUUGUAAACCACACACUGGUUUACCGGGGAGACAGCGCAGAGGUGCUGAAGGCGUGCAAGUGCAAGAUGCCAACGCCUUCUACCAGCCCAAGAAUCGCCGAGACUUACACGAAGAAUGCUGUAAGGAAGCCUGCUCUCUGCAUGAGAUCUACGAACAUUGGAUUGGCUUUUAAUUAAGAAUAACUUUGACUAAAUAUCCGCCGGAUGGAAGCAUGGAAUAAAAGUGGGAAUGGAUAUUUGCUUUUGAUUAUCAGCACUAUAUCUAUUUGAAUAAAUAACUGAAAACUUUU